AAAAUGGAACUCGAUCAACUUCACUUCGAUUGCGAGUUCCCAAAUCUGAAUCUCACACCGAAACCCUAGAAAAUACAUUUACCCCUUCGCACAAUCACAAACCCUAAAUUUCCGAAAAUGUCCUCGCCGAUAACCUACCCUGUGGUGGUCGACGACAAGGACCUCGACGACGCCGCAUUGUGGGCCAUGAUCGAUUCAGCCUCUGCCUCUCUUUCCUCAUCGAAGAGCAAAUCCCUCACUAACGUCAAGUAUUCCAACCGCCAAUCCCCUUCUUCGAUCUCGAAACCCUCGCCGCCGGCGCCGAAGUGCCGGAAGACCCUCCGUGACUCCGGCGAUAGCGGCGAAGUGGUAUACGACCCGUGGCCCUACCGUCCACCGAGGAAGGUGGCAAGAACAUGUCCUUCGGAAGAAAGUAGCCCUCUUGCUUUGGUCAGAAACGUGCAGAGGAUGCCGCCGGCGAAGGUUUAUUCGCCGCCGGAGAUGAAGCAGUUGCCGGACGUGCAGGAGCUGAGCUGUUACACGGAGGUUUCGCCGCGGUGUUUCGGGAAGAACGAGGAGGAGAAGGAGCACAGCGUGAGGCAUAGCUUGUUUGGAAUGUUUCCUUCUGUUUCGUUGUUUAAGGAGUACCAGAAUGCAGCUAUGGCGAUUUUGGAGAAAACUGAUUACACUUUGAUUUCGGGGAGUCCUUACAUUAAGAAGUCAGGUUGGAGAAAGAUAUCUUGUUACUUCAAUAUUUCUUAUGAGAUCAGAGACAAGAAUAUUGAGUUUGAUGAGAAUCGCAAUGUUCAGCGUGCUGAGUUUGUGAUUCGAGCAUACAUGCAGGGUGGUAGGUUCUCAGAUGGUUGGGGCUCUUGUGAGCGACGCGAAAAGAGAUUUCAGAAACCAAAUCAUGAUAUUCCAAGCACAGCGGAAACUAGAGCCAAAAAUAAAGCUUGUCAAGACCUGCUAGGAAUCGGGGAAUAUCGACCCGGUGCAACAAGUCAAUUUCAUUGAUGUUGUAAAUGUUUUUGUAAUGAUUUAACAUGCCCAAAUAUUUGUUUAGGGGUUAAAUGAACAGAACAUUUUUUUUAAAUGUAUCUUAUUGAUGAAUAAUUUUGUAAAUGCCAUUUAGCACGUAUUUGGUGCUCAAAGC